AUGAGGUGGCCGUGGCCCCUGGCUAUCUCUCUUGCGGUGGUAUUGGCUGUGGGGCUGAGCAGGGUCUCUGGGGGUGCCCCCUUGGCCUCAGGUGGACACAGCACCAAGGUCCAGGAGCAGCCGAGUCGAGCCAGGAGAGGCACCAAGGCUGAGGGGCCAAAGGAGGUACAGCAGUAUGCACCAGAGGAGAGGGCCGAGUACCCCCGGCCCAUCCACCCUGCCAACCUGCAGCCCACCCGGCCCCUGGUGGCCACCAGCCCCAACCCAGACAAGAAUGGGGGCACCCCUGGCAGUGGGCAGGAGCCAAGAGGCAACCUGACGGGGAGCCCGGGUCAGAGGCUGCAGAUUCAAAACCCCCUGUAUCCGAUGACGGAGAACUCCUACAGCGCCUACGCCGUCAUGCUCCUGGCGCUGGUGGUGUUUGCUGUGGGCAUCGUGGGCAACCUGUCGGUGAUGUGCGUCGUGUGGCACAGCUACUACCUGAAGAGCGCCUGGAACUCCAUCCUGGCCAGCCUGGCCCUCUGGGAUUUCCUGGUCCUCUUUUUCUGCCUUCCAGUCGUCAUCUUUAAUGAGCUCACCCAACAGAGGCUUCUGGGUGAUAUUUCUUGUCGCGCUGUGCCCUUCAUGGAGGUCUCCUCCCUGGGAGUCACCACCUUUAGCCUCUGUGCCCUGGGGAUCGACCGCUUCCACGUGGCCACCAGCACCCUGCCCAAGGUGAGGCCCAUUGAGCGGUGCCAGUCCAUCCUGGCCAAGCUGGCGGUCAUCUGGGUGGGCUCCAUGACGCUGGCUGUGCCUGAGCUCCUGCUGUGGCAGCUGGCACAGGAGCCAGCCCCCACCACAGGCACCGUGGACUCGUGUGUCAUGAAACCCUCAGCCAGCCUGCCGGAGUCGCUCUACUCCUUGGUGAUGACCUACCAGAACGCCCGCAUGUGGUGGUACUUCGGCUGCUACUUCUGCCUGCCCAUCCUCUUCACCGUCACCUGCCAGCUGGUGACAUGGCGGGUACGGGGACCUCCGGGCAGCAAGCCCAAGUGCCGGGUGGGCAAGCACGAGCAGUGUGAGAGUCAGCUCAACAGCACGGUGGUGGGCCUCACGGUGGUCUAUGCCCUGUGCACCCUGCCGGAGAACGUGUGCAACAUCGUGGUGGCGUACCUCUCCACCGAGCUCACGCGCCACACGCUGGACCUGCUGGGCCUCAUCAACCAGUUCUCCACCUUCUUCAAGGGCGCCAUCACCCCCGUGCUGCUGCUGUGCGUGUGCAGGCCGCUGGGCCAGGCCUUCCUGGAUUGCUGCUGCUGCUGCUGCUGCCCGGAGUGCGGCGGGGCCUCCGACGGCUUGCCCACCGACGGCUCGGACAACAAGCUCAAGAGCGAAGUGUCCUCCUCCAUCUACUUCCAUAAGCCCAGGGAGUCACCCCCGCUCCUGCCCCUGGGCACGCCUUGCUGA